AUGACGUCGGAUAUAGUGAAGAAGAACCAGAAAAGACAGACCAGUAUCCAGGAUUUUUUUGGUAGCUCAGUUAGCAAGAGGGCCAGAAUUGACAGCAAUGAUAAACUAACCACUGUUCAAGCUGACGCGUCAGUAACAACAAAAGUUACCAAAGUUGAGAAAGCAUCGGAACAGGUGAGUCCCAAUUUAUCAAAGCCUGUAAUCAAUAAAAUCAAGGAAGAAUUUUCAAGAAGCUUAGAUGCCAAAACCCGCGAUUUGUUGAAUUUGGAGCUUCUGACGUUGGAGGAUUCUUGGUUUGAGCAAUUGAAAGAGGAAUUUACAAAACCGUACUUUCUGCAAUUGAAAGAUUUUGUGAAGCGUGAACAAUCGACACAAACAGUCUUCCCCACGCCAGGGGACAUUUACUCGUGGAGUCGGAUGACCCCGUUUGACGCGGUAAAAGUUGUCAUCAUUGGUCAAGAUCCGUACCAUAACUUCAACCAGGCGCAUGGGUUGGCGUUUAGCGUCAAAUCACCUACCCCCGCACCACCAUCACUGAAAAACAUAUAUAAAGAACUAAAAUCCAAUUACGCGGACUUCCAAAUUGAUAAUUCAAAGGGUGACCUGUCCUGUUGGUCUAAACAAGGUGUCUUGCUAUUGAAUACUGCGUUGACUGUGAGAGCACAUAGUGCGAACUCACAUUCCAAGCAAGGUUGGGAAACCUUCACUUCCAGAAUAGUGGAACUAUUGAUUCAAGAUAGGGAAAAGUCAGGUAAAAAUAUUGUCUUCCUGCUAUGGGGUAAUAACGCGAUCAAGCUUGUUGAGCGGUUGCUAGAGAAAGUUACAAAGGAGAGCGGUAAAUCGACUUGGAAAAACUUUCCGAACUUAUUGGUGUUGAAAUCGGUACAUCCUUCACCGUUAAGCGCCAGCAGAGGGUUUUUUGGUAAUUUGCAUUUUAAACAGAUCAAUGAUUGGCUUCAUAACGAGCGGGGCGAAAAAAUGAUCGAUUGGAGUGUUGUUUCAGGAACUUCGCUGGAAGAAGUUGCACAGGCCAACUCACAUCCUUAA